CUUGGCUCUUAUGGGCCACAGCCUCUCAAGAUCAUGGCUCAUUUGGAUGAAGCAGCCCACCAGCUGUCCAGAAGUGGGACAACCCUCUAUGCUGUGCUGGAGCUUAAGAAAGGUGCCUCACCGGAAGACAUCAAAAAGGCUUAUAGGAAACUGGCCUUAAAGUAUCAUCCAGACAAGAAUCCAGGGGACGCUCAAGCAGCAGAAAUAUUCAAAGAGAUCAACACAGCCCACUCCAUACUGAGUGACCCUAAGAAGCGGAAAAUCUACGACCGGCAUGGCUCAUUGGGAAUAUAUAUAUAUGAUCACUUUGGCGAAGAAGGCGUCACAUACUAUUUUACGAUGAAUAGUUGCUGGUUCAAGACACUGGUCCUCCUGUGCGCUCUGCUCACCUGCUGCUGCUGCUGCUGCUGCUGCUGCUUCUGCUGCGGAGCGCUUAAGCCACCACCUGAGGAGGUUGCCAGAAGAUACCAGCAGGAUGUACAGAAUCAGCCUCCCAGGGCAGGAAACAAAAGAAAUUUUAGAAGAGGACAAGAUGAUAGUGAAGAUGAUUUCUAAAAGACGAAGAGGAGUGCUGACCCAGCGAGGGUGCCUUCUGCUGCCCAACACACUGGACACGUUGAAGAGGGGAAGAAGUAGCCCUGUCCUGACAUUGACCCUGAUUUGCCCCUCUUCUUAUAAGAAUCCCAACUUCAGAAGCAUUGAUGGCGUCUAUCCCAGAGGGGAUGCCACCUCUGUCCUUGAUGGUAUCACUGACCCUGCAAAUACAAGGUCACCCAGCCACUCUUCUUUUUAGCUCCAGUCCCAAUCUGUUUAGACAGCACCCCUUCCAUACCUACCCUUAUGAGGUCUCAGGCAGUGGUGGCAGACUUUUCCUGAGCAUUCUUUUUCCUGUACCUUGGGAUUUGGGCCAGUUUCAGCUGGUAGGGGCCCUGAGCCACUUGCAUUAUCUCCACCAAGAUCCUGAUAACUGAGCAGGGUGGAUCCUAUCCCAGAGCUGCUAUACCAGUUGACCUUCCUUUGUUGCAGCGCUGCACCAAGAGCUUUGCGUCAGUCUCGUUCCUAUGCCAGCACACCUUUCUGGGGCUGGUCUCACCUUUUUCUGGUGCCCAUGUGCUUGACAUUGUCAGCCUCAUUGUCAGACUCAUUCUAUGCCACCAUGAGUCAACUCAUGCAAAGUAUGAAUGCAUUGGAGGGGGAGGGGGAGUUAUCCCACCCUGGAUUCUCUCUGGACUCUACCCCAGCACUGCCCCCCUUAGCAUGGGUCCUGUGGGCUGACUGAAGUUCAUCUAUCAGUGCCUGCUUGCCUCCAUCCUUUUUACCACAUCUUAUGCAUGCUGAUCAUCAUAUAUUUUGUUAACAGGGGCGUGAAACCUGUGAUAGGGAAAAGAUAAUACUGCUACAGACCCUUUCCCCAUUCCCACACCGCCUGUUUUCUCCUCUCCACACCAUUUCCCAUCCACCCAAGGUCAGAGCCGAGUAACUCCUCAAACUUCUCUCUCCUGAAUGGGAGAAGGGCUAAGGAAUGUCAGUAAAUAAAAGAGCUUUUGUCCAAUCCAA